UAGACAGUUGUCAGGCUGCAUGCUUGUGUGGAAGCUAGUCGAGUGGAGGCUAGAAGGCGUAUGAUCCGCCCAGUAAGGAUGUUAGCUUUAUGUACACUAUAUGUAUGUGCCCUACUUUGUGAUAGGGACUGUCUGUCUACCAUGUAGGAUUUCACCUGGGCUGGUCAUCUGGACAUCUGACCACUCGCACCCAUCACUUACACUGACCACCUCAUACCAGGAAUGGGACAGGCAAGAUAUUUUCUCUCGGGAUAGAUUUCCUCCCAUACCUACGAAGUCAAGAGGUGGAUUAUAUAAAAGUUUUGAGAAGAGGAAAAGCCCCUGGACAGUGUUUCUCAGUUGAGCGACCAGUUUUCGCGUAUGUAUGGCUGGAGGGAGUUGUGCUCCAAUGUACAGUAGUACAAAGGUCACGUCAGUCCACAGGACCUGUGAUGUCCAUCUAGAGCGUCUGGUCAGUUGUCAAAAACCCAUACAGGCUCUGGAUUUCGAAAUCUCGACUGGUGUUAAUUAUCAAUCAGCUGACUGCUGAGUGGAAUCAGCUGUGUCGCUGGCCAUCAUUAACAGCUGAUCGGAGCCUGGACAUCAUUAGACUAGUCGCUUCCUAGACUGUUUGUGAAUAUCUUGUGGGUGAGGUUCAGGAUGUUUGACAUGAGUGCAUGGAUAUAACAUAAGUUUCGUGACACAUGGAAAUUGUGGUGACUCCCAGUCUUUGGUAGGUGCUUGUUAUCCCAAAUUCUUAAAAUGUACUAUCGACUGUUGUCAAAUCUUUUAGCCCAAACACUUGCCACAUAAAUGAACAAUAAAGAAUUGGGCCAAAACAGUUUUCUACUGUCAUGAUAUGAAUGAAAACUGGACAACCCAUUAUACAAGUUUUUAAACCUGGUGUAGAACGUGCAAUAUAUAUAUAUAUAGAACUGACAGAUUUGUCGUUGUUUUGUUGUAGAGUUUAUUUUGUUGUUAAGUAGGGUCGUGUUUCGUGGGGAUAUCUGCAAUGACUAUAUUCUGAGCCUGUUGAACUCUUUGUUAUCUGUUAUCGCCUCAACAGGAAAUGUGAUUUUCAAUCAACGUAUUUGUGUUAUUAUUGGUAUUUGUUACUGUAAUGUGGAUAUUCAAAACCCUGGUUAUUUUUCGAAAAUUAACUUUGUGGAUUUGUGCAAUACUAAUGAUGAUUUUCGUGGAUGGUCAAUGAACCUGUGGAUUUUAUAGUGACGUAAAAUUAAAUUUGUAGAAUACAAACCUGGAAAAGAUUAUAAAAUUAGAACAAGAAAAACAUUGUGAAUUCCCUUCAAACAGACCAUUUCUGGGAUACAUUUAAAAAAGAGAAUCGCCCCAGACAUUUGGAUUUACAUACCUCAACUACAGCUUGUUAUUAUUCGUAUAUAUCCGUAUACCCGGGUAGAAACACAAUCCGUGCCCAUGGUUCACGAGGGACAAGAAAAUCGUAACUUAGAGGACAUGGAUUCUGGUGUGGUGGACGAUCGACUGUUAAACAACCGUGGACACUGGUUAAAACAGGAGCAGGAGUACUACAAACAGACGAUGCGACUCAAACGCCAGCUGUCCAAAGCGCGCCAUGAUCCUAGUAUGGUGUACCGUGAGCUGACCGGGGCGGCAGCUGACCACCUGGAUAGGAUGGCCGAUGCUCUGCAACAGCAGCAGGACAUGGCGGCCAUGCAGAACCGCAUCCCCAAUUCCUUCCGGGAGCCCACCACUGCACCGCUCCGCAAACUCAGUGUUGACUUGAUCAAGACGUACAAGCAUAUAAAUGAAGUGUACUAUGCAAAGAAGAAGCGGCGUGCAGCUCAGGGAGCUCAGGGAGAUGAAAGCAGUCACAAAAAGGGCAAGGUCAACGUACACGCGUAUAACGACGGCUACGAUGAUGCCAAUCACGACUACAUUGUCAACCCAGGGGAAAAAUGGCUGGAGAGAUACGAAAUCGACUCUCUCAUCGGCAAAGGGUCCUUUGGACAGGUGGUGAAGGCGUAUGACCACACUGACCAGGAACAAGUAGCCAUCAAGAUCAUCAAGAACAAAAAGCCGUUCCUUAACCAGGCCCAAAUAGAGGUCAAACUACUAGAACUUAUGAAUAAACAUGACAGGGAAAAUAAGUAUUAUAUAGUAAAACUCAAGCGGCAUUUCAUGUUUAGGAAUCACCUUUGUCUUGUGUUCGAACUUUUAUCUUACAAUUUGUAUGACUUAUUACGGAACACCAACUUCCGAGGAGUCUCGUUAAAUUUGACUCGAAAGUUUGCUCAACAACUGUGUACGGCGUUGCUAUUUUUAGCAACACCCGAGCUAAACAUUAUACACUGUGACCUUAAACCGGAAAACAUUCUGUUGUGUAAUCCGAAACGAAGUGCAAUCAAGAUCGUGGAUUUCGGGAGUUCCUGUCAGCUAGGUCAAAGGAUAUACCAGUAUAUACAGAGUCGGUUUUACCGGUCGCCAGAAGUAUUAUUGGGGAUUCCAUAUGACCUGGCUAUAGAUAUGUGGUCACUAGGUUGUAUACUUGUGGAAAUGCAUACAGGAGAACCGCUGUUUGCUGGCUCCAAUGAGUUCGACCAGAUGAUGAAAAUUGUAGAGGUUCUUGGUAUGCCACCUAAGACACUACUGGACCAAGCUCCCAAAGCCCGUAAAUAUUUUGACCAGUUACCUGACGGAACCUACAUAUGCAAGAAGUCAAAAGAUGGCAAGAAGUACAAGCAGCCUGGAUCUCGGAAGCUCCACGAGGUAAUAGGAGCCGAGACGGGUGGGCCAGGAGGACGGAGAGCCGGAGAACCCGGACACAACGUAGCCGACUACCUAAAGUUCAAAGAUCUUAUCCUUCGGAUGCUUGAAUUUGAUCCAAAAACAAGGAUAACGCCGUACUAUGCUCUUCAGCACAAUUUCUUCAAGAAAACAACGGACGAGAGCACCAAUACACCCAACAGUGCGUCGAACAGUCCCGCGAUGGAACAGCAACACGUGUCAAGUCCAACAGUCGGUUCUUCGACGAGUGGGAGGGCGAGGUCUGACCCAACACACCAACACCACUCCCAGCUCCACUCCCACUCCCACUCCGCCCAUCAGGGCCAAGGAGUCCAGUACCCCACCAUGGAGUGUGAGAGCCCAGCGUCAGGGCCGCCCCAAGUAGUUCCAACGUAUCAACAGCCGCCUGGCACUCAGAACUGGGCACCGGCCAGUGACAGUCGUCUCCAGGGCAACAGUUCCCAUAGGCACCACUCUCAUCACCACUCGUCGCGGCAACACCAAUCGCCUCCGCAACUGUCAAGCGGCACAGCACCGCAGAUGGUGGCACAGCAUACUGCACCGCAGCCACAGAUGCAGCAAGCCAUACUGCUCGGCUCAGCCGGGUAUCCCAGCAACUUCACCUCGGCACGGACUACGUACCCUGCCACGGCAGGUAUGGCUGUGGACCUAACAACCAAUCUGCAAGGCCAUGGCCAUCCGCAGGCCCUACAUAAUGACCCUGCUCAGCUCUCUACCGUGAACAUGGCAAGUUAUCCCACACCCCAUGGCCAGUACGGUCAGUACUCACAACAGACUUGGCCCGCUACGGGUUUCAAUUUCUCUAUACAGACUAGUGCAAACGCUAGCAAUCCUGGCCAUGACGCGAAUAGCCAACACUCGCGCGCGGCCGCCGAGCGUGGAGAGGACUCGCCCAUGCAUGGCGUUGUGGUACAGCAAAGUCCGGUAGCCAGCCAUUGAUGGUACGCCAAGUCUUAGUGUAAUUUUUCUCGUUUAGAGUCUUGCAGUGGCUAGAAGAAAUAGUUUGAAUGCAGCUGAUGGUGCAAAACAGAAAGGAGUAGGUGUUGUGGUGGACGUAAUGUGAGUAGGGUUUGUUGUCUUCUGUUCCGAGGAAUAGAGAUGUCUUCGUUUGGAGAUAUCUGUCACUGCAAGUGCAGCCAGCCAGCCGCCUAACAGCCUUUGUUGUUGUGUCCCGUCGCAAGCUGCUGUCGUUGUCAUGAGCGCUAUUUGCCGUCGCUGGCAGAGCUAUGCACAUCCAUAAGAAAACAUGCAUCUACAGAAGAUGCAAGUCGGCCCAAUUUGGUUUUCGGUGAACCGGAAACUGAGAUAUGUCUACGCGACCAAAGGUUGAUAAUAAGUCAGGCUUCGUGCUACGCCAAGUCUAGAAACAAAGCACAGAAAUCUGUGUGGCAAGAUGUGGUUGACCCCGCUCAUCGUCAACAGGGGAGAUAACUGUGAUAAAAUUCCUGGAUGCUGGUGUAUCCGAUCACACCCGACCCAGCUUGUGCUGGCCGAGUUCAAAGGUCACUGCCACCUUCAACUUGACUUUGACCUAAAGUCUUGAUAGAUAUGGUUCAGUGCUUCUUCUUGGAUGCAAUCUAUAGGACAAAGGUCAGCAAUGCAAUUAAUAGGUCAAAGGUCAGCGAUGAAGGAGCUUUCUGUGGGAACCGAGAGGAAUUGUUUGUGAGGAAGAAGUGUUAUGCAGCAUUUCAGUAUCAUGAAAACGAUGUUAUACGUGGUCCAUUGUCACUAUUGUCGGUAGUGUAUUCUCAUAUAAAACAAGGGCAAGUAACUCUUAUAUACCAUUCCACGAACACUGAGAAACUGUGGCUGAUAAGCCACUGAGCUCAGGUGUAUACAAUCAUUUGCCAAACAAGAACCACCCAUCCAACUCUUCAGUGUCUUGUCAACAACUUUUUCUUUGUAUUUUAAUUAACGAUAAUUUAAAGAAAAGAAAGGUAAAUUGAUAUUUUGAAACAUUUCAAAUGCAUGAAAGUCACUUUAAGAGUUCAUUAUAGAUUUAUUAAAAAUUCUUUUAAAAACUUUGUAUUGAAGAAAGAAAAGACAAAAUUAAAGAAAGGGAGAUCACUGUUUGGACAAAUUUUCUGAGUCUAACCGUAGUGGAGUCGUCGUGGGAAGCAGGAAAUGUAUUCAUGCCUUACAGGCCAGUGUUGAACACAAGAGGAAGAAAAUGACUUCUCUAAAUGUUGUUGACCAAAUAUGGCAAUAUAUAUAUAUAUAAAACAUACAUUAAAUCAUAUAUAUAUAUAUAUAUAUAUAUAAUGUGUUUGUUAGUAAGAAUGACGAUUCUUCAGAAAGGAAAGCCAUUGGCGUGUUGAGGUAUUGGAUAUUGACAACCAAAUAAAAAAACCACUAACAAAUGUGAUACGGUGUAGAUGUGUAGGACACGUCUGCACUCGGUUUGGUGUUAGUAGUGUAUAAGUAACGGACAAGCGUUAGAACUAUUAGUGUUAUCGUACGCCACUGUGUACAGUGACGUUUUUUGUCAUGAACAGUGGUACUGAUGAAUACUAGGAAUAAUUCAUUAUAAAAAACAUGUGAUGUAAUAUACUAAGUUUGUAAAUGUUUGUUUAAUCUUAUUUAUUGAGAAAAUGAAAAGGAGAAUUAUACAAUUCUUUUUUUAUCACCUGUUAAACACUGUGAGAGAUACUAUGUGAGUCUGGGUUAUUAUUGUUAAAUAGAGACCGCAUGAUGUUUGUAUACGACAAGAAAUUAUCAUUUUAAUGAAUCUUUAUAUGUACUGUAUCAUAUAUUUCCUCUACCAAGUGUCAACCUAUAUGUAAUCAAGAAGUCGGAAUCACAACGCUUUUUGGAGGGGAAGGAUCUACACGGAGAUAGGGAGGGGAUGAAGGAAUCCCACUUAAUUAGAGGAAAAGAAUUAACUAGGAAUACAUAAUUGUUAGCAGGAGAAAGAAUCACAAAAUGCAGGGGUUGUAGAGUUCCACUAGCCUGGGACAGGUAAAAUCGUAGUAAAAGAUAGUAAAAAAAAAUCAAUAUUUCUAUGAAAACUUUCAAAAUAUUGUCUGUUGGCUGGUGAAAUUGUACACCACUAGUUAGAGGUAACUACGGAAGGGGAACAAUCGUAGGAUGAAAGGAGGGGGGGGAAUUACAUUUUUUUUUCGGAAAGGCAUUCAAGACUGUUUUGGUGGAAUUAUAUUUAGAGGGAGGGGCAGAUUUUUAUAAUGGGGAAGGGAAAAGGAUGAAAGGAGGGGAAAAUUGCAUUUUGUCGGAAAGGCAUUCAAGACUGUUUUAUUGGAGACAUAUUUAGAGGGAGGGCCAGAUUUUUAUAAUGGGGAAGGGAAGUGGUGGGGGGCUGGGGGCAGAAUUAUAUAACAUAGGAGAAUCAGAAUUACGCCAAGUAGGAAGUGAGAAUUAAAGUACAGUGUGGGAUGAUUUUCAGUAAGUGUAAACCCAGAUGAGCGAUGUUCUUCUGUUCCAUGAUCAGGUAGACUAAUUACAGGUACCUCAUCUUCUUAACUGUAAAACUGUUUUUGUCAAUUCCUCUGCCUUUUAGGUUUGUCUGCAAUGAGUGUUUACAUCCAGGAAGUAUAUACCUGACGAUCAGUUGUAAAAGACAAUCGAGGUAGAGGAGGCCAUUUACUCAGAGAUUUGACCAUUACAGUCAAAGGGAGAUCAUCUUCUUUUUAAUUUUGUAUGGGUUCAUUUAGUCAAAUUGAGGUAAUUUCAAAAUUUUGUGUACCAUACUAACUUUCAAAUAUAUUCAUAUUCUGUAGAGAUUGCAUGCAAAUGAUCUAAUGAAUUAUACUCUUGGAAGUCCUCAUUGUUACAGAAUUUUAAAAAAUUAAGUGCAUGCUUUUUUCUUUAAUACGUAUAUGAAUUACAGAUAUUUCAAACUAUGAGUAAUUAGGAAGUGGCUAUUCUUUUGAAAAUUAAGUGCAUGCAUUUUUCUUUAAUAUAUGAAUUACAGAUAUUUCAAACUGCGAAUAAUUAAGAAGUGGCUAUUAGUGCAAUGUUGUGUGUGAAAUUCUGAUGGAUAUUUUAAAUACAUAGGUAUAUAUAUAUAUAAAAAACAAACCUAAUCACCAACUUUAAAGGUGCCAAAUAUAUUUAUUGACAAAUUCUUGAUAAUGUCAGCUCGAGAACUGGUUUUCGAUAUUUCUUCAACUAAUUCACACACAGAAUUUCAUAAUGAACUAUUCUAACCUUUGAAUUAGAAGAGUUCAAAUGGGUAUUUAAGGGUAAAUGAGCUCAUUGAAUAACAAUAAGAACUUGAAUUGAUCAUUGACAUUCUGGCUCCGAGUUCUGUAGGGUAACAUUUGAGAUGCCCGUUUUACAAUGUCAAAUUUUGUCAAUAUUAUACUUUCUGUACAAUGUUGCUCUAUAAACUUUUGAUUGACAAUAUCAAAAAUAAUUUUUACCUUUAUAUAUACAAUGUAUAAACAUUAUAGUAGAGACGUCUUUAACUCUUCACCCCUAUGUAACUUUAGUAGACUCUACCAUACAUUUGUCUGGGUGAGUCCAUUACGGUCUACAGUGGUGAAAGGGUUAAUUAAAUUGGCUACUUUUAUCAAUUUUUACCUCAUUUUUAUCAUGGAAUUAGUUGUCUUUUUUUUUCCUGUCACGUAAAAAUUUUAAAACAAGCACUGCGCUUCAUAGAGGAAAUAAAACAUUUCUUCUGUCAAAGUUUAAAAAAAAAAAAAUGUUCAUCCAGUAACUGCAGGUUGAAAUCAGGGGACAAGAAUAGCUGUAGAAUAGAUGAUAUAAUACUGGAAGGAAAUACAUGUUUUCUCUAAGAAAUCUUAGCCAGGAUGUAAAUAUCAAUAGUCUGUAUUGUACUCUAUAGAUACCAACAUUAUACAGACCUCCAUACAAGCAUUGGUUCAUAUAUUCUUUUUUAAAAAACAAAUUUUUACUCUGAGAAUUCUGGGUUGUUUCAACAAAAAAGCAUCAUUUUUUAUAAUAUUUCUGUAUUUCUAUAUCUUACAUGCAUCCAAUGCUAAUCUGUACAAGUGUGCGAGCGAGUGUGAAGUAAGAAAAUGUGUUGAAAAUUUUAUCAUUUUAGCAAAUAGAUUAAAUCCAGACCAUUGUUACAUUGUUCACCCCAAGGCUCUCACAUUGUUUUCUGUCUAAGGGGGAGGUAACUCUGUGGUCACCACGUGUCCUCUGGUAGUUCACUAUCCCUAAAUCUCUGUCACUAUCCUCCUCUACGAGUCUGUUUUUGAGUUUUAAAUGCGUGUAACCACGACGAUCUAAAGGGGUGACCAGGUUCAUUUAUUUUGUACAAAGUUCAUUGUAAGUAUCCAAUCACUCGCCUCAUUAAAGUGUCACCAAGACGA